CCUUCCCAAAGCUCCAGCUUCAUAGUGAAUGACCUUAGUUUGUCUAUAAAAUCAAUCACUGUGGCAAAACAGCCUUGGAGAGACAAGUUAAAUGAGUUCAGCCUUUAGAAUAUGUCAGUAAGGUAUCAACAUGUGUGUCACUGACUUCUAACCUCAAAUAUGCCCAAAAUGAGUGCCACUGAUGUCUACCCUCAAGCAUGCCCAUUAUGCAAGAAAGAAAUAGAGAGCCAGGAUGAUGCAGUUCGAAUUCGUGAAAAGGGUGUCACUGGAAUCAGUGAAGCAAGUGCUAAAAGAGGUGACAGCAUUAUUGUGACAGCUGCUUGCGUAGUUCAUUCAAAUUGUUGUAAGCGGUACAUAAACCCACAUGACAUUACAAAUUCAUUAAACAAGAACAAAAGUAAACCAUUGCUCAAAAGAAGUGCGCGGGCAUCUGGACCAUUUGAUAGCAAAUCCUAUUGUCUUUUCUGUGGAACUGAAGUUACAUUUAACACCUCAGAUUUCAGUUUUGUGAAGACAGAUAAUUUUGUUAAAACAAUAUUGCAGUGUUGUAGUGACCGUUCGGAUGACUGGGGUGUUACGGUGAAAGGUCGAAUUGAGUACUAUGGUUGUGACUUACAUGCAGCCGACUGUGUAUAUUACAACUCCUGUGAUGGGAACUUUUGAUCUGGGCAUGAUAUUCCCCAUAGGUUUAAGGUGGAGCCAAAUACAAAGCAAAGAAAAUCAGGACGACUCAAAAAUGAAGACCAAGAUCAGGCCUUUUCGAAAAUGUGCUCUUAUCAUGAAGCUAAUGAUGGGGAACAAUUGACAGUGUCUGCCCUAUGGGAUAAAAUUAAAGAAUAUCUUUACAGUGAAGAUUCCUUUCCGUAUGGCAAUCAGUACUUUAAAAAUAAAUUGAGAGAGCAUUAUGGGGACUCAAUAUAUAUAAUAGAAGGAGAAGGCCAAAAUGAUAUUGUUACAAUGAAGGAAACAAGUUCUCACAUCCUUUGAUCCUAUUUCAUGUGUGAUAGGGACACUGAUGAGGAAUCUCAGAAGAGAAGAAUUAUCGAAACUGCUGCUAGACUUAUCAAAAGUGAUAUAAAAACUGAAGUUCCCUGUUACAGACCAAUAUCCAGGUACAGAUAUGCUAAAACUUGAUAUUGCUUUGAAGUAUCUUCCAGACAGUCUUCGCACAAUACUGGAUAUUUUGUUUGUGGGGAAAGAUAAGAGCCAAAAGGUUGCAGGGGUUGGACAGGCAAUCAUUCAGGCAGUACGUCCUCGAACUGUUCUAUCCCCAAUACAGAUAGGUCUUGCCUUACAAACACAUCAUUUGUAUCGUUCAAGGUUCCUUGUAGAUAAUUUGCUUAAGAUGGGAUUUUGCUCAUCAUAUAGAGAAGUUCUGAGAUUUGAAAAGAAUGCUGCUGACACUGCUGCUAUAGAUAUUUUGGGUGAGGGUAUUGAUUCAGGAGAUGUGACUGUUCUGUUCGCUGUUGACAACGUUGAUCACAAUAUUCUUUCAAUCGAUGGUAGAGGCUCCUUCCAUGGGAUGGUGAUAAUUGCUGCUUUAACUCCAGGUCAAAAAAGAAGACAGGUCAUUCCAAGACAAAUUGUUUCAGAACUUAAAUAUGUGGAGAAUACAAGGAUUGACGUAGCGGACUAAAGCUUUGCCUACCAUGCCUGCCAUAAGGUAUUUUAAACAAAUAACAAAAAACAUAAAAUGUGAUCAAACUGGACAUUCUAUGGGAACUAUCAUUAAUUAAGCUUUAAACAGGAAACUCCAAACUGGUCUGAUAUGAUGCAUAUAAUUCAUCAGGGGUACAAACACCCUGGUCAGUCCUCAAUUAUGUAUCUGCCCAUGAUUGACUUGUACUCAGGUGACAAGAGCUGCCUUUUGUCCACACUGGAAUUUAUUCAUAGGCAAGCAGUAAAACAUGGUAUCACACCAAUAAUAACAUUUGACCAGCCCCUGUACUGGAAAGCAAGUGAGAUCAUUGUUGAUGCACCUCAGAAUAGCCAUUUGAAGGAAACAGUUCUCUUGUUAGGUUGCUUUCACACUCUAAUGAAGUUGUUGGGUGCAAUUAGAUCCAUCAUGAAUGGUACAGGCCUAAAAGACAUUCUACAGGUGGUAUAUGGUGAAAACUCAGUAGAUCAUAUGAUGACAGGAAAUCUGCACAAAGAGCUAUCCAUGGUCAUCUGCUUAUAGACAAAUUACUAAACCACAUAAGAUCUAGUUAGUGGCAGACCAUAGGUCGCAUCUUUGGUUAAGUGUGAAGAUGCAUACUCAUCAUUGUUGUCAGGUCAAACAUCCUUGGAGAGUGUUAUGACAUCAGAUUCAGUGGUUAGAAUCAAUCUAGAAUUGGGAAAAUGUAAGUCAGAACUUAGUGAUAGGUCAAAGACAAGUCAUCUGUGGCUUAAUUAUCAGAAGAUGUUGGAAGUUGCAAGAUGAUUGAUCAUGGCAGAUCGAACUGGAUCUUGGUUAUUAAAUUUAAGUGCUGUUUCUGAGUCUCUCCCAGUAUUUGCCUCAGCUGGCUACUACAGUUAUCUCAAGUCUGCACAUUUCUAUGUCCAAGAGAUGGAGCAACUGGAGCACACUCAUCCAGACAUGUUUCAGAAAUUUUCCAAUGGUCUUCAUGUGAUCCGUCGUAGUGAUCAGUACUGGGCUGGCCUUAGUUCUGAUCUUGCUAUUGAACAAACUUUAAUGAGGUCACUAAAAUCCUCAGGUGGACUGACUUGGGGAAGUGGUAUGACAGAAGAGCAGAGGUCAUUGUGGACAAUGUCAGCUCCCAACACUGCUGAGUAUAACAAGGCAAUGCAGGAAUUAAACGACCUUUCCUACACUACCAGUGAUCAACAUAAAGAUUUGACCAAAGCAAGGAUGAGGGACGCUUCAGACCUACAAAAGCUCAAGACCAAAUUACUAUCUUGUUCACCCUCUUCAGAAGACUCCUCACUGCGGAAUGUAGUCGGUGGUGUAGUGGCCAAUCCCCAUGAAAAUGUUCUUGAAUACGAGUCCAUUGGAAAGAAAAUAAUUGAAAAUAUGAUUGGGCAGUCUGCUUUCAGAUAUUCUUUUAAGAGAAAAAAUAAAGCCAUAACACUUGGUGAUGUUUCUGCAAUCAAGGUUGCACCAGAUCAAAGUAUUGAUCCUGCCCUAUUAUUUCAGAGAUUAUUGGUAGUGGCAAAAACAGGUGAGCUGUCACUGGAAUAUGUUUUAGGAUAUGAGCUUAGCCCAUUUCCUCCAGCUCUUUUUGAGAUUAGAAAUGUAUUUCAUAAGCCAGACAAACCACAGCUCGCUCAUGCUAUCUCAGAUCAUUUGAAAGAAGCAGGUGUAGAUCCACCUCAAUCCACUCCUCAGACAGAACACUACGUCCUUGAUGGAGGGUCCUUAUUACAUCAAGUACCCUGGAAGAAGGGAGAUAGCUACAGCGCAAUGGCUGAGUCAUAUGCAGAUUUCACCAUUCGAAAAUAUGGGGUGGCAACAGUAGUUUUUGAUGGCUAUAAUGGAGGUCUAUCAAUUAAGGCAACACUCACCAAAGGCGUUUAGGGCAGAAAGUUAACUUUGUUGUUAGUGUUACAGCAGAGACUUUGUUCUCUGGCAGGAGGGAAGAGUUUUUGUCGAGGGAUAUCAACAAGCAAGCCUUAAUUGAUCUGAUCAGUGGUAAACUUAGGAAAAGAGGAUGUGUUGUCAUCAACUCACUUGGUGAUGCUGACAGUUGAAUCAUCAAAAUUCCAUACCACUACGUUGAUUGGAGAAGACACAGGCCUCUUAAUUCUGCUCCUUCAUUAUGCACAGACAGAUAGCAGGGACCUUUAUUUCAGGUUGGAUAAAUCAACUGCCACAACAGUGUACGAUAUCAACAGUCUUAAGUCAGUCCUAGGAAAUAAACUAUGCUCUCAGCUGCUUUUCAUCCACGCUUUUACUGGAUGUGAUAGUACAUCAUGCAUCUUUGGUGUAGGGAAAAGGGCUAAAUUUCAAAAAUUAGUCAAAGGUAAUUCUGUGUUGCAAUCUUGUGCUGAUAAAUUCCUCUCCCCAACCAAGAACAAAAAGUAAUUGAACACACUGAGGCCAAGGUAAUGGCUGUACUAUUUGGUGGGAAGGGUGCAGUCACUGACAUCUUUGCGCCAUAGUACCGUCCAAGAAAAUUGUGUCCUCAAAAUCUUUUGUAGCACCGGAACGCCUACCCUUAACAGUCUUCCACCAAAUUUCAUUCUCUCAGAGUUUAUUACCAGAUAAUGGUGUGGCUUGGGAAAGAGAGUGACAUGGAUGUGUUGAACUGGGGUUGGAAGAUAGAGGACACUAAGUUAACACCAGUAAUGUCAGAUAUGAAUGCAGCUCCAGACAAUCUGUUAAAGAUAAUACAUUGUAACUGCAAAUCUGCCUGCCGAUCAUCGCGGUGUAGUUGUAGGGUGUAUGGAUUACCAUGUACACCUGCCUGUGGACAAUACCAAUUAGAAAAUUGUGAUAAUCCAUACAAUCAUGUCAAAUUCAGUGAAGAGGAAGAUGAGGAGUAUCAAUUAGAGUCUAUAUAUUAACACAGCUCAUGAAAUGUGUAUGCACUUAGUAGAUAGUAAGAUUAUUAUUAAGUUUAGACUUUUAAGACUCUGGUAGCAACCAAACACACUAGUUUCAUAAGUGAUGUCCACAGUUAACACAUUUAGGGGAUUUACAUUUCCAAUUAGUAGUAUGGGUGUCUGAUGCUAACACUGCGCAUACUGCUUUAUUAUGGCAUUUUUUGUAUGUGUGCCCAUACUCUGAACAUUGAGUGCACUGAAGUGGUUUUGGUAUAAAUGAACGCACUUCUUUAUUUUAUCCAAGAAUUUUGAUUUUGAGUGGGAGAUCUUGGCCUGUAAAUUUUAUUUUGCAAUAUCAAUUUUAUUUUUAUCUUUCCUACUUGGAACUGAGUAGACUUAUAAAUCAUGUACGUAUAUUACUGUAUCUUAACUUAAGGGAGUCAAGUAUCAAGUGUUUUGAGGGUAGUCCUUCUUCAAUGUUGGGUAAAAUGACUGUGUCCUGUAUAUAAUUUAAUGUUUCAUGACUUAUUAUUGAUAUUUUCGUACCAUUUAUUCUUUUAUAUUUAAAAAGGUGGUGGAUUGUUUUUGGGUGGUUACUUGAAGUAACCAUUCAUUUUCUUUAAUAUAUCGGCAUUCCAUUUCUUGUGUUGGACAUAUGUUCAAUAAUUUGUUUUGUAUACUAGUAUUGCUGUUGUUAUUUUAUUUUCAGCUUUAAGUACUAGAAAUCUUGACCAUUAAUCUGGUCAAAAAAGAUUAUCAAAAUGUACCAGUGUUGGGUUAAGACGAUAAUUUCUAUUU